AUGGUCAACUCUCAGUUCCCUCCCUACGAGGGCACAGAAGUCAUCGGCCUCCAGUUCUCGAACUCUAGUGACCCUGCGUCACUCUCGGAUGAGAAUUCCGAGGUCGGCAAGAUAUGGGCGGCCACGCUAAAGACGUACCUCGACCAUCCAGAAACGGGCAUCGUCUGGUGGGGGAUUGUGCAUGACGCUCCGAACAAAGCUAAGCUGUUUAUCGAUUGGAAGAGUUUGGCUGGUCGGGCUCAAUUCGAGGCCAGCCAACAAGCAACAGAGCUCGCCAGCGCCUGGAAAUCCAUCACUGUGGCGCCAGCCAAAAAAGACGUCUACAAGUUCACCUCUAGCGAUGUCGCCAGGCAAACAGCUUUAUCCAGCACCUACGACACAGUCACAGCUCACUUGAGUUUCCGAUUUGCCAAUUCGCUCAAUUCCAGCGAAGUUCAGCAAUUGGACGCCGUACUCCAGGAACUAGAUCGCGCCAUCAUGCUGAGCCCAGGCGCUGUUGUCGCAAGCUAUUCAAUUCGAGGAUGGAGCUCAGAUAGCAGGUCAUACAGGGCGGCCUACCGCUAUCUUAAUGCGAAUGGUCUUGGGAAUUUUAUCCAGGGCGACAACAAGGUCAGAGAGUUAUUGCAAAUCUUGCAGUCUCGUGCUUCAGGCGGGAUGGAACUUGAAUUUCUGGAAACGCGAGUCUACAAGCAGGGCUGGCAAGGGUCUGUCACCAAGACAGAGCCUGAUAACUCGACUUUAUCGGGGUUCAUGGCCGAGGCACAGGCCAUGUUCACGUUCUGA